AUGUUGAUUAAACAAAGAAUAGAUACGCCUGAGUAUCGAGCUUUAUUGACACCAUCUCUAUUGAAAUUGGCAGAAUUAUUUAAAGCUAAUCAAUAUGAAAUUCGUGUAGCUGGUGGUGCAGUACGAGAUAUUUUAUUGGGUAUUAUUCCACAUGAUGUUGAUUUUGCAACAACAGCAACACCUGAACAAGUUAAAGAUAUGUUAACAAAGGCAAACAUAAGAAUGAUUAAUUGUAAUGGUGAGAAACAUGGAACAAUAACAGCACGAGUAGAUGAUAUGGACAAUUUUGAAGUAACAACAUUAAGAAUUGAUGUUACUACUGAUGGUAGACAUGCUGUUGUUGAAUAUACACAAGAUUGGCAAUUAGAUGCUAAUCGACGGGAUCUUACAAUUAAUGCACUUUUUCUUGAUCUCGACGGAACAGUUUAUGACUAUUUUAAUGGCAUUGAAGAUCUUAAACAUCGUCGUAUUCGUUUUGUUGGGGAUCCUGUUCAACGCAUCUGUGAAGAUUAUCUUCGUAUUCUCAGAUAUUUCCGAUUCUUUGGUCGUUUUGCACACGAUAAUGCUCUACACGAUGAACAAUCAUUAAAAGCAAUUAGAGAAAAUGUUCAUGGUUUACAAAAUAUUGCUGGUGAACGUCUAUGGGUUGAAUUAAAACGUAUUGCAGAAGGUAGAAAUGCUGGUCCUGUAUUAAAAGUUAUGCUUGAACAAAAUGUUGGACAAUAUCUUGGCAUUCCAUCUGAUGUUGAUCUUAAUGACUUUGAUGAUCAUUACCGACAAUGUUAUCAAGCUAAACCACUUGCAAUGACUGUAUUAACGAAACUUUUUCGUAAUACACAUGAAAUAGGUAUAUUUGAACAACGUAUGAAAUAUUCCAAUGAUUGUCGUCGUCUAGCUCAAUUAAUUAUCAAUUAUCGAGAUUCAAUAUCAAUUCUUGAUUCUUCAUCAAUUGACCGAUUGAAAUCAUACAAAGAUUUACUUGUUGAUUUAAUUAUACAGGAUCCAACUGCAAAAGAAAAAAUAGUUGAAUUACUUAAAUAUCAACAUCAUUUAACUGAAGCACAACAAUUAUCUGUAUGGACAAUACCACGUUUUCCUGUUUCAGGUGGAACGCUUGCAUCAAAAGGUAUUAAACAAGGACCAAAUUAUAAAAUAAUACUUGAUAAACUUCGAGAAGCUUGGAAAGAAUCACAUUUUCAAGCUACAGAAAAUCAAUUAAUUGAUGAAUCUUUACCACAUGUAUUAAAAAAUUUAGUAAAUACAAAUUCACCAACAUCUUCUUCUCUUUCGAAAAAAACUAAACAAAAUUAA